CCAGCGCUGCGCGGCCUGGGGCGCUGACACCGCUGCGCUCGCGGGGCUCCGGGCAGCCCGGAUCCGGGCCUCCUUUCUCUCCGGUCGCCGGCGCUCUGCACGGCGCUCAGCAAAGUUUUUAAAUGGAGGAGAGACCUUGGCACUAGACUUGUCUGGAAGACCUCACUGUGGGGGGACAGUAAUUCUGUGAGGCUGCUUACAGAUAAGGCCUGAAGGACCUGUAUCAGGCAAGGGCCGAACUCCAGAACACCCUAGAGAGUCCAACUAGAAGAAUGCUCAUGUUUGACCCGGUGCCUGUCAAGCAAGAGGCCAGGGACCCUGUCUCCGUGUCCUACCCAUCUAAUUACAUGGAGUCGAUGAAGCCCAACAAGUAUGGGGUCAUUUACUCUACACCAUUGCCUGAUAAGUUCUUUCAGCCCCCAGAAGGCCUGUCGCACGGGAUCCAGAUGGAGCCGGUGGACCUCACGGUGAACAAGCGGAGCUCGCCGCCUUCCGCUGGGAAUUCGCCUUCGUCCCUGAAGUUCUCGUCCUCGCAUCGCCGAGCCUCGCCUGGGUUGAGCAUGCCUUCCUCUAGCCCGCCCAUCAAAAAAUACUCGCCGCCCUCGCCAGGCGUGCAGCCCUUCGGCGUGCCGCUGUCCAUGCCGCCGGUGAUGGCAGCUGCUCUCUCCCGGCACGGCAUCCGGAGCCCAGGGAUCCUGCCCGUCAUCCAGCCAGUCGUGGUGCAGCCCGUCCCCUUCAUGUACACGAGUCACCUCCAGCAGCCGCUCAUGGUCUCCUUGUCAGAAGAGAUGGAAAAUUCGAACAGCAGCAUGCAAGUACCUGUAAUUGAAUCAUAUGAGAAGCCCAUAUUACAGAAAAAAAUUAAAAUAGAACCUGGGAUCGAACCACAGAGGACAGAUUAUUAUCCUGAAGAAAUGUCACCCCCUUUAAUGAACUCAGUUUCCCCCCCGCAAGCAUUGUUGCAAGAGAAUCACCCUUCAGUCAUAGUCCAGCCUGGGAAGAGACCUUUACCUGUGGAAUCUCCAGAUACCCAAAGGAAGCGGAGGAUACACAGAUGCGAUUAUGACGGGUGCAACAAAGUGUACACUAAAAGCUCUCACUUGAAGGCACACAGAAGAACACACACAGGAGAAAAGCCCUACAAAUGCACGUGGGAAGGGUGCACGUGGAAGUUUGCUCGGUCUGAUGAACUGACAAGACAUUUCCGAAAACACACUGGCAUCAAACCCUUCCAGUGUCCAGACUGUGACCGCAGCUUCUCCCGCUCCGACCACCUGGCCCUGCACCGGAAGCGCCACAUGCUGGUCUGAAGGCCUCUGCCGCCCACCGCAGCCCCGCGCCCGCUCUCCUGGCUCUCGUCUGUCCUCCCUCCCAUUGUCUAACUCAUUUUUUACAUGUACAUUUUCAUCUGGAUUCAGCUGGUCUGAAUCUCUGAAUUUAUAUCAUUCAAAACUUCCGUAUGGUCAGUAGCAGACACUCUAAUCCUCCCUCUCCUUACCACGGGUCAGACCUAAAGAAUGUGAACACUUUUUUUUUUUUUUCUGGGGAUGCUAAGCAAACCCUUCUUACAGACACGUUUAAUGUCAUGAGAACAAGGGAACAUGUAAACUAACACGACCAGUUGUCAGUUUGUCCGUGUAUGCCUCAAAAGAAUGUCAAAGUAAAUGUAUUAGAAACACAGUACGCAGCCUGCUAAUCCUUGCCAGAGCCUUCGUACCUCUGUGCCCUGUGAUCGCAGUGGAUGCCCGGCAGCGCCAGGAGGGGCGGUCCCCUCACCGGUUAGCGCAAGUGCAGCGAGAUGUCAGAGCUAGUGCGGUCAGCUCUUCCGGUGUCCUUCGCAAAGCCUGCUGGUCGGCCUGGAGUUACCACUGCUUCUCAUCAAGGUCUUGGCCCGACUCUGUGCCUGCAGCUCAGACGGAGUUCUCUGCCAGCGAGGGGAGACGAGCCAGAGCUGCCGAUUUAGGUGGGUGACACGUAGAGUUCAAGGGAUGGAUGCUGUGCUUCCGUAGCCUGGAGUAGAAGCAGAGUGGCGUUGAGGAGGGAAGGGGGGCGGGCACAAAGGAGGAAGGCGACAGUUCCUCCCAGGAUCGAGGUUGUCUGAGGCUGCAGCAUUUGCUUAGCUGUGCAGUGCAGUCUCCCAGCCUGUCUCCGCACUCAGCUAUGCAAAGCCACGCAGCCAAGCCGACACCAGUGGGGUCAUCCAUGCAGCGAUCUCCACUGCUGCGUGAUGCCGUGGUAGCAGGGAGUCUGCACACACAUGGGCUCCACAGCAGUGAAAAGGCUCUAGGGGAAGAGUGUGGGUGGUCUUUCUCUUGUACCCUGUUCAUGGCUUUGUUUGCAAACAGGGAAAUGUUGAGUGGUACUUAUAUUCCCAUAUCAAGUUAAUUGCCUACUUUGGAUGCAGAAGCUCCUCUCUGUGAGCUGUAGGGUGCCAAAUCGGCUGUCAUUUGUGGUCAUGACAGACAUCAUGGAGAAGCAUCUGCUGACGCUCUAGUCAAUCCAUCAGGGAAGGCCCGAGUGUCCCUGUUUGCAAAUACAACUCAUUGUGAAGCACACAGAUCUUUAUUUUGAGAAAUGUAGAUUUAUGAAAAAUAGAGAAAACCACAGUUCAGGGAUUUAUAUAUAUGUAGCUCAAAAAACUCCCAAAAAUUUAUUAGUGGAGCUAGCAAUUUCCUAUCAUUAUCAAGUAUACUGUCAGAAGAAUAAACUGAAAAAAAAAAAAUCAUAAUAAUGACUCGUGUUUAUGUUAAAUAUAAAUAGCACCAUUAUUGGGGGAAUUUUUUCAAAAGCAGGCUUUUGAGCACCAUGAGACAUCUAAAUGCCAAUAAAAAUUCAUACACAUAGAUGCCAUUGAUCCUAAAUUUGAAGAAAGUGGGCGACGGUGGUCGAGUGUGGGUGCGUGUAACCGAAUGCCCCUUCGUCCCUCCAUGGAGGAUGGAGGAGGAGAAGAGAGAAGAAUGGAGUCCUCAGCCCAGCCACAGCUUAGGAUCCAACACGGCUUUGAGUGGGAGGAAUGCGCUGUUGCAUCGUCUUUAAAACAUCCGUGGACGAGUGAUUCUGGAGGCCUGUGACUUGUGGGGGGCUUGCUUUGAUGGCACUGUGUUAAUAAGCGUUAGUCCCUAAGAGGCCCUACUCACCCGCCCUGGAACCAGCCGAAAGGAAAUGGAGUUGAGAAAAGGCAAAGAAAUUUGUUAUCUUGGCACUUGGGUUUGAUUUUUUUCUUUCUUUUCUUUUUUUUUUUUU